AUGGCGAGAGGUGGAGGUCGCCGCGGGAAGAGGGGAGCCGCUGACCCGAGCGAGACGCAGGAGGCGCCAGAGGAAGAUGACACAGAGCAAGAGGCGCCCCCUCUGCCACAGAAGAGGAAGAUGCUUAGCAAAAGCGACACGGUCUGUUGUGGCUCGUGCGGCGUGAAGCGCUCCGACCCGAGCGCGCAAUGGCCUGAGGUCCCCAACGAGACGGGCGAGGUUGAACGGGUUGGCUUUGCGUGCAUUCCGUGCUGGGACCCGUACGAGAGAGUCUUCAAGCACGAGACCUCAUGGACCAAGCACUGCGCCAAGCUGAAGGGCGACAGCAAGUACAAGAAGCGGGUCGACGACACGAAGGACAUCUCGAAGAAUCCAGAGAAGGCGGCGUUCGACCAGGAGGAGGUCAACGCCGUUGUCGAGCAAGGCUACACUACGAUAGGGAACUACAUUUGCAUGAAGCCCGAGCUGCUGGAGAAGCAGGCUGGCGGCAACGUCACUGUAGGGAUGGCCGAUAUCUCGACCCAGAAGGUCUUGGCGCCGCUGACCAAGCAGAAGCUGACGGCCGUGUGCGCCGCGCACCCCGAUAAGCCGCCCGUGGAGGUGCAGACUUUCACUACCGUGAAGUGCCAGAAGGUCGCGUGCACGCUACCUCGGAGGGCAGCGCUUACAGACACGCAGUCACAGGUGGAGAUGAAGAAGGCGCUGGCCGAGGUCACCAAGAUGUUGCCAGUCCCGUGCCGCGGCCACGUCAAGCCGCCCGAUAUCGAUUCCUUGGUGAAGCAGCUGCAGGGGGCAAAGUUGGCGCGGGCUGCUGGCGGAGCUGCUCGCCCUGACGGUGGUGAACAGGUGUCCGAGGCAGCGGCUGGCGCGGCUGAUGCAGCGGGCGGGGGUGCGAGCGGUGCCGCCGACGCCGAGGCGGCGGCGGCCCCCGACGAGGGUGACGACGAUGAGAGCUCGGGCAAGGCCAGCAACAGCGACGGCGAGGCGUCGGGCGCGGCUCCAGCGGCGGGGCCAGCCGCCAGCGUCGCCGCCAUGACCGUCGUCGGCAGGGCCGCGGGAGGUCGCCGAGGCGGAGGUCAGCAUGGCCUUUCCCCUGCGGCCUCGGCAGAGAAGCUGCGCUUGGACGAGCUUGUCCACGAUUACCCGCUUGCCGCCAUCCUGGAGGGCACCAAGAUGGGCGACCGCACUUACGCCUUGCGCCGCUUCAACCCCAAGCAGCGCGGAGUCGAGAUCAACAGGGCAAAGCACUUAGCCAAAGUGGACGCGGCGAUCGCUCUCCACAAGAACCUCGCUACGAUGACGCCCAAAGACAGGGCGACGCAGUUCGAUAUCAUCGGUGAUAGUGACGUGUUGGACGCCAGCACUUUCCUGGACCGCCUGAUUUGCAAGGUCGUGUCGGAGGCCGAGGCUGGCGACGACGUGGUCAAGGCGCUCUUGCCGUGGGCGCCCGCGGAUGCCGACCAGGGGGCCGCGUUCCAGCUCAAGCGCCCGCGGGUCCACCUCCUGCGCAUGAGCAAUAAUGAUAAGGCCAAUGCUUGCAGGGAUACCUUCCUCAACUCGUUCCUGGCAGAGGUGGUCGCCAAGGGUGAGGCGUCGGUCGAGAUCGUGAGGAGCUGCGCGAGAGAGUUCGUGAGCGAAUGCAGCGUGGUCUUGGGGGACAAGGAGAAGUUCCCCGAUUGGGUCAAUAUCGCCGCGGUGCUGCAGGUUUGCGCUGAGGCAUUGCUCGUGAUAUCGGACUCGAGCCCUAAGGCAGCUGAUAUGGUGACUGACAGGGCGGCGGUAAGGAAGAUGUUGAACGGCACAUAUAGCAAGGAGUGGACCCUUUGCCGCGACAGCUUGAUGUCCGACCCCCACUGGGCUCGCCUGACCACCGAGUACCUCGAGCAUGCCCUCAGUGACUUGCAGGUCGGGCCCGAGAUCUUGGCGGCGGUGGCCAAGGUGAAGUCCAACCAGCUUGACUCUGCGGUCACGGCAUCGCGCAAACUGAAGGGGUGGAUCGACCGAAGCCGCACUGGUGGCGUCCUCGAGUUGGAGAAGGCCUUCGCCGAGUGGGUCGUGCAGGCCACCUCCGCUGCGGGAGAGCACUCGCUCGGGUACGACGCUAUUGGGCAGAUUCGCGAGGUCAUAUCCAACCUGAUUGCGGCCUCCACUGCGAAGAAGGCGAGCGGCAUUUUGGACACGGCCAGGCUGACGGCAUCAGAGGAGGCCAUGGAGUUGACCCAGACCAAGCUCGGCUCCGAGAGGAAGCGCGACGCGGUCCUGAACCGCAUGAAAGAGUGCACCAAGGAGGACGGGCCUCAAUGA